GAGAAAAAAAAAUAAUGUCCGAACGAGGAGGGCUGCAGCGGAGCGGAGGGGCUCCGUCCCCGCAUCUCCAGCCUUGCAAAUCGGUCGCUAUCGCCUCCAACAACCGCCCGGUCCACAUGAACCUGUACGCGACCUGGGAGGUGGACAGAUCGUCCCCCAGCUGUGUGCCGAGGCUGUUCAGUCUCACUUUGAAGAAGCUCGUCAUUCUGAAGGAGCUGGAUAAGGAACUGAAUUCUGUCGUAAUCGCAGUCAAACUGCAGGGUUCGAAAAGGAUCCUUCGCUCCAAUGAGAUCCUGCUCUCUGUGGCCGGCCUCACUGAGACAGACCUGCAGCUUACCUUCUCCUUGCAGUACCCCCAUUUCCUGAAGCGCGACGCCAACAAGCUGCAGAUCAUGCUUCAGCGCAGGAAGAGAUACAAGAACCGCACCAUCCUGGGCUACAAGACCCUGGCUGUGGGGCUCAUCAACAUGGCAGAGGUGAUGCAGCACCCCAGCGAAGGAGCCCAGGUCCUUGGUCUCCAUAGCAACGUGAAGGACGUAGCUGUCCCGGUGGCUGAAGUCCGAAUCUACUCCCUGUCCAGCCAGCCGAUCAACCACGAGGGGCCCAAAGUCAAGAUGUCAGAUCGCUCUCCGGACAUCGAUAACUAUUCCGAGGAAGAGGAAGAGAGCUACUCUUCAGAUCAGGAGGGGAGCGAUGACCCCUUGCACGGACAGGAUCUGUUCGACGAAGACGAAGAGGUUAGGAAAGUGAAGAAGCCGCGGAGGAAGAUUGCCUCUACCGCCUCCAGCGUCCGCGUCAACCAGCCCAACAUCAAGCAGAAGUUUGUCGCCCUGCUGAAAAGAUUCAAAGUGUCGGAUGAAGUGGGGUUCGGGCUGGAGCACGUGUCCCGGGAGCAGAUCCAGGAGGUGGAGGAGGAUCUGGACGAGCUGUACGACAGCCUGGAGAUGUACAACCCCAGCGACAGCGGCCCGGAGAUGGAAGAGACGGAGAGCCUCGUGAGCACGCCCAAACCCAAACUCAAGCCGUUCUUUGAAGGCAUGUCCCAGUCCAGCUCGCAGACCGAGAUCGGCAGCGUCAACAGCAAGGGGAGCCUCGGCAAGGAAACCAGCAGCCCGGGAGACCCCGCCUCCUCUGAGAAGAUCAAGCAUUCCUGGAGCUGGAACCUGGAUGAGCCAAUCCCCGAGACAGACCCCCUGGAGCCGAGCGAUCAGGACCUUUUCGGGGAGCUGAGCACCUCCAUCGCCGUGCCUGAAAAACUGAGAACGCCCCUGAAGAGCGGCAAGCCCGAGCCGCAGAGCUCCCCCUCCCACAGGCUGGAAGGAGGGCACACCCCCCGACAGAAGCGGGGCGUCCCUCUGAGAGAGAGACAGCUGUCCAAGCCGCUGAGCGAGAGGACGAACAGUAGUGACAGCGAGCGCUCCCCGGACCUGGGCCGCUCCCCCCAGGUCCCUCGUAAAGUGGUGUACGACCAGCUGAACCAAGCCCUGGUGUCAGACGCAGGGCUGCCAGAGAACAUCAUUCUGGUAAACACCACUGAGUGGCAGGGACAGUACGUGGCGGAGCUGCUCCAGUCUCGCAGGUUGCCCGUGGUUUGCACCUCCAGCAGCGUGGAGAUCCAGACCGUGCUCGGCGCGGUCCUCUCCCGGAUUCAGAAAUUCUGUAACUCGUCAAUGCCGCGACCGGUGAAGGUGGCAGCGAUCGGCACUCAGAGUUAUCUGAGCUCCAUCCUGCGCUUCUUCGUCACCCAACUCGCCAACAAGACCUCGGACUGGCUCAACCACAUGACUUUCCUGCUGGUUCCGCUGGGGUCUCACCCCGUAGCGAAGUAUCUGGGCUCGUUGGACAGCCGGUACAACUCUGCUUUCCUUGACCAGCCCUGGAGGGACCUGUUCAACCGGGCCGAGCCUCCCUCGACAGACCCCUUUGACGUUGUGGGUCGGAUCUCGCAGUACAUUGCUGGAGCCAGUGUAACUCACCAGCUGCCCAUAGCGGAAGCCAUGCUCACCUGCAAACCCAGAAUGCAUGGCGAAGACUCCUAUCAGAAGUUCAUCCCUUUCGUUGGGGUUGUCAAGGUGGGUCUGAUUGAGUCGUAUCCAGCCUGCUCUGGAGAUGGUGAUGAGGGCGUGGCUUUGAGCCUGGCUGUCCCCUCCACGUCCCCGCCCCCUCAUGGAGCUGCUGUCGGAUUGGCUAAGGAGACCGCUGCGACCCCGCCCUCUUCACCGUCUAUGAGCAGCGGGCUGGCGGUGGCGGGGAGCCCCGCCGCGUCCCACGCCGUCGACACCAUCGGCCUGCAGGUGGAUUACUGGCUGGCCCCUGGGGGCGAGAAGAAGAAAGAGGGGGAGAGGAGGGACACGGGUUCAAAAAACACCCUGAAAAGCAGCUUCCGAUCCGUGCAGGUCAGCAGGCUGCCAGGGGCCGCUGUGGGAGAGAGCCAGCCCGCCCUCAACACCAUGGCGAUGACCGUCGUCACCAAGGAGAAGAACAAGAAAGUGCCUACGAUCUUUCUGGGGAAGAAGCCCAAAGAGAAGGAGCUGGACUCGAGGAGCCAGGUGAUCGAGGGGAUCAGCAGGCUCAUCUGCUCCGCCAAGCAGCAGCAAACCAUCCUGAAGGUGUCGAUCGACGGAGUGGAGUGGAGCGACGUCAAGUUUUUUCAGCUCGCCGCUCAGUGGCCGACUCACGUCAAGUACUUGCCAGUGGGACUCUCCGGGUACAAUAAACCCGCCGGCUAGGACACGCCUCUGCCUGACAGCCGUUGGCCAGCUGCAGCACAGGCCACGCCCACUGAGAACUGAGCCAGCCAAUCGCAUGCUGGGUUUCUCUUCCCAUCCCAGCUGACUUUUUUGUUUUUGUUUGUUUGUGAAACUCAGUUGUUAAGUGCACUGGGAACCUGUUGUCACGGUGACAGCGGUUCUUUAACAUUUGAUUGGCUGAAAGGCACGCCGGUCACAUUUUGAGCACUUCACUGAUUGGUCGGCACGGAAACUAUUUCAGUCCUGCAUUUAGAAUAAUUUUUGUUUUUUUAAGACAGUCUUGUGUUUGACUGCUGAAAAGAUGUGGGCGUUUGGAAAGGGUGUUUUUUUUCUAUGUUUUUAUGGGUGUUGUGUUAAUUUAUUCAUUUUUUUUAAAACCAAAGCAACAGGUAGGUAUUUGAAAGACAUGAUCCUACAUCCAAGAAUAAGCAAUUUUGACGUUGGUCGUGAAUUACAGAGCUAAACGAAAGCAUCGUUCAGGGCGUGGGGGCGCUGGUGUGGAUGGGGGGGGGGGGCUGAUUCAGCGUUCAGAGUGAAGAAACAGCUGCUCGGGUUUGUGUGGGUCGCUGUUCUCCACAGAGUCUCAGAAAAGCAGCGAUCCUCACAAACACGAGCAGCUGUUUAUGAAUUCGCUCUGAACGCUGAAUCAACAACCCCCCCACCAGCUCCACACCAGACUGUGGGCGGGGGGGACUUUAGAUGAGGCUCCUCAACGCCAUUGAAUCUGACCCCUUUCUUGUCCGAUCAACAGAAACUUGCACAACCACUGCCCUGUGCUGUGGGCAGCGGCCAGCGAGAGGACGGACCGCUGCCCUUUCUUUAAAGGUCUUAUCUGUUACCUUCUCUCCUGGUCUAGCCUUCGAGUGAUUACAGAACCGAGCACCUCUGCCUGGCCAGGCUUAGAUAAUCUCCAGCCUGUGCGACCCGCUUGUCCUGAGCUGAGGGAAAACAAUCUUCCAGGAGCCUUCUGAAGCACUCCAGUGGUGCAAAGAAUCGCUGCAUCACUCCAUUGCCAUAAUCUAGUAUUAACACGACGAUUUUACUAGCCGUGCUGCCCUAGCCGGUCCUGUCUUAAUGUUUGCACCAUGUAAGGUAUUGUGUGCGUGUGUGCGUGCGUGUGUGUGUGUGUGUGUGUGUGUGUGUGUGUUUGUGUGGGCUGUAGCCUCGCUAUCGUUAAGAAAUGCGAUUUCACAAGUGUUAUGAA